CUCGACUCUUCCAAUGCCGGUUCUUCCCAUUUCGUAACACAAUUAAAAACCAAAAAAACAAAUAACAUAUAUAAACUGAGCUAUAAUAAUCUCGUGUUAUCUCUAUUCUUGAGUGUCGUAGAUGAUGGAUUCUGGGAAGCUCACUGCAUUAACUACAAGCGUUAAAGAUCACAUCUCCACCCAUUCUAACGAUGGCUCAAAGGAAAUCACACCUAAGCAACCAUUUAUAAUUGGUGUUGCUGGUGGGACUGCAUCUGGAAAAACAACAGUUUGCAAUAUGAUUGUUUUGCAGCUCCGUGAUCAACGGAUUGUUCUUGUCAGUCAAGACUCAUUUUAUUACUCGCUGAAUGAUAAACAAUUAGAAAAGGUCCAUGAGUACAACUUUGACCAUCCCGAUGCUUUCAAUACAGAACUUCUCCUUUCAUGCAUGGAAAAAUUAAAACAUGGACAGGCAGUUAACAUCCCAAAUUAUGAUGUCAAGAGUCAUAAAUGUGUUGAACCAGAACGCAAGGUUAAUCCUUCAGAUGUCAUCAUUUUGGAAGGAAUUCUAGUUCUUCAAGAUCCACGUGUCCGUGAUCUCAUGAACAUGAAGAUCUUUGUUGAUACAGAUUCUGAUGUGCGGCUUGCGAGGAGGAUACAACGUGAUACGACUGAUAGGGAAAGGAACAUUGAAAAUGUGCUUGAUCAAUACACUAAAUUCGUUAAGCCUAGUUUCGAUGAAUUUAUACUUCCAUCGAAGAAACACGCAGAUAUCAUCAUCCCUCGAGGAGCAGAUAAUGAUGUUGCAAUUGACUUGAUAGUACAACAUAUUCGUACAAAGCUUGGCCAGCAUGAUCUAUGUAAAAUAUAUCCAAAUGUUUUUCUUAUAUAUUCAACAUUUCAGAUACGUGGGAUGCACACUCUUGUACGUGAUGUCAGAACAACAAAACAUGACUUUGUUUUCUAUGCAGACCGCCUCAUUCGUUUGGUUGUGGAACAUGGUCUCGGCCACCUUCCUUUUACUGAAAAACAGAUCAUUACUCCAACAGGAUCUGUAUAUACUGGAGUGGUUUUCUGCAAAAGGUUGUGUGGGGUCUCAAUCAUCCGAAGUGGGGAAAGCAUGGAGAAUGCACUAAGAGCCUGUUGUAAGGGAAUCAAGAUAGGUAAAAUCCUCAUACAUGGAGAGGGUAACAAUGGCCGACAGUUAAUCUAUGAGAAGCUACCCGCUGACAUUUCAAGCCGCAAUGUGUUAUUGCUCGACCCAGUUUUGGCUUCAGGAAAUUCUGCAAUCAAAGCUGUUUCUUUGCUGCUGAGCAAGGGCGUAGCAGAAUCCAACAUAAUCUUCCUUAAUCUCAUAGCAGCACCUGAAGGAAUACAUGCUGUUUGUAAGAAAUUCCCAAAGCUAAAAAUUGUGACAUCGGAGAUUGACAUGUCACUGAACAAGGAUUCACAUGUGAUCCCAGGCAUGGGGGAGUUUGGAGAUCGCUACUUUGGUACAGAUAACAAUGUCAAUGAAGCCCUUGACAAAACACCCUAGCAAGCAAUCGACUUUGAACCCUAAUGACACCUGAAAUCUCUCUCUCUCUCUCUCUCUCCCCAUUUUUUAUGUUAAGGGAUGCUGAGUAAUCCAUUUUUGUUGGGGCUCCCAAUAAUACACUUCUCAUUGUUGGAGGUGAAAGUUUUGUUCAGAGUAAUAACGCUUCAUGUUGAGAAUAUGAAAUUUUGUUUUUGCUUCGAAGCAACAUUGACCUAUUGAUCAUGUAAGAAAAUAAA